CUUGUCGUAUCGUAGGACACGAGGUGACCUCAUACUGGCAUUUCGUAUCUUUAAUUAUGAUUUGGGUGUUAAUAUGCCUUAUCUUUUUGCUCCCUCCAGCACUAAUAAUCUCCGAGGUCAUAGCAAGAAGGUUCAUAAACCACGAUCUAAUAAACUUAAAGUGGGAUCCUGUUUUUCUCAUCGAGUAGUCAAUCAUUGGAACGCCUUACCCGAACAAGUGGUAUCAGCCCCAUCAGUGAAUACUUUCAAGGAAAAGCUGGACCUUCACUGGAAAGCAAUGUGUCAGGAUUAACACAGGUUCAUCAACCUACUAUCCUUAUUACUGAAGACUGAAGGUCAUCACAUCUCAAGGCCGGGUAGCUGUAAGUUAUUUAAAAUCUUGUCCAUGAGUGUCUGCUGGUCUGUUUUUGUUGAGAUCUUGUUUCUGCGAAUAACCCUUCACCAGUGAAGAUGGUACCCAAUAAUGGGUUACAAGGUUCAGUCUUCAACCGUUCUCACCUCCAAUAUUGGGAGAUAUCUCCCUAUUUUAGGGAAGAUGUCCUGUUUGAGUAAAUUGUGACGAGACCGCUACAGAAAAAUUUGGGGAACUAACACAAAAACCCCGAAAUUUCCCUAGAAUCUUACGACACUUCAUGGCUUUUUCCUAAAAUUCCCCCAAACUUCGGAGAAACUACCACAUUUCUGAAGACUUCAGAGAAACCCCAAAACUUACACAAAGUUCCUCAAAAUUUUCCAAAGAUAGUGAGAUUGGUCGGUAUUCUGUUGGUGUUUCUGCAGAAACUCUAAUCAUGGGAUAAGAUAUGAUUAGGCGUAUAAAGACCGAAUUAGUGAAAUAUUUUAAGCCUACAAUAUUACCUAACUAACUGUCGUUUUUGGAUGGCUUGCAAGUCACAUAUGCUGGCAAUGUGGAUGAAUUUGUAUCUUCAAGUAACAUCUGGCUUGAUGUAUCGCAUACAUGACUUCAUAGGUUUAUGAACUGGAUAUGACUUCUUGAAAGAUGCUUUUAUGGCGUCAGAAACAUAUGAUUCGGACCAUUCAGAUUUCCAGAUAGUUUGAAAAUGUUCAUAUGAGAAUCUGUUUUAGUCGCUAGAAUGAGGCACAAUACAACCAUAUACUGUUAUUUUUCGUGUGGACUAAUUAAUCAUACACAUGCCUGAGAUUCGCGUAGAAUGUUGUUUUUAAGCCUUCGAAUGAUGUAAGUUCAAGGAUCUAAAUAUUUCAUCUGUGCUCAGCUUCAUUUUGAGAAGGAUAGGAGGCUAGAACACCUGUUACUUCUAAAUAUAGGGUCCCUCGGCUCAACCAACGUUCCAUUAAAACAUCGACAAAUGGAGCUUAAGUCGACUGUCGAGUUAAGAAGUUUCAGUCUUAUUGAUUCGUUGGGGAAUUCAGCCGUUCAUAGAUAUGUAGUUUGUUAUGGUCUUGUGAACUUGUGGGGAUCUCGUCAUAAAUCUUCUGUUUCGAGAGCCAAUCAAAAUGAGACCCUAUGAGAUGCGAAAUUAUUAUUAGACAGUUUGAGAAUUGUAGCCAAGUCACAUCUGGCCUUCCUAUAUGACAAGCGGAGUAGGUUUAGUUUAGCUAGUUUAUCGCCGUACGGUAGCUCUGGGAUUCCGAGAAUCAAAUUGUUUGUGGUUCUUUGAGUAUUUUUCAACUAUCUAUUGUCUUUUUCAGGCUUGAGCUGACUGCUCGCAUGCAAUAGUUGAAUUUAGGACGAACGAAUACUAUGUGUGAAGUCGAAGGUUCUAUCAUAUACGUGGCCAAAGGCUCUACUUAUCGACUAGAGGAUUCUGAAAUUUUUGGCAGUUUUCGCGACUUGACUGAUAAUGACUCUUAAAUCAGUGUGUGUCUGAACAACAGGUACAUGUAAAUCGGCGUUUCCAACUAUUUUGAAGAUGAUUAUUUCGAAAAACAUGCUUGUUAUUUUUGUUUUCCUCUUCCUCGACGUCGUAACUGUGAGUAUGAUUCUACCGUGGAUGCCUUCUCUUUUAGAAACAUACGAGUCUGAAAAAGAAUGGUUUUAUAUUUUGUCCAAGAAAUAUAUCCAAUACCUGGGUUUUUUUUUGGGACUUCAAGAAGGUUCUACAUGGGACAGAGUAUUCAUUGGAGGCCUUCUGUCAUCAUUAUCAUCCUUGGUGCAGUUUGUAUCGUCGCCUGUAGCCGGAGCUUUAUCAGACUAUUUUGGCAGAAAAUCGGUCUUAGUUGUCCUUCAGGUAUCGCUUAUAAUUGUUAAUGUUCUCUGGUCAGUGUUGGGUAAGUCAUUUCUGUGGCUACUGAUGUAUCGUGUAUUAUGUGGUGCUGCACGAGCAAAUGUCGGUGUUGUAUCAGCACUUGUUGGCGAUAUCAGCAGUGAUACGUUGCGUACUAAAAGAAUGGCGGUUGUUGGCCUGGCUUAUGGUAUCGGAUUCACUUGGAAAGUACAUACAUCAACUGAAUACUUGAGCUGUAUGCUGGGUUCUACGUGUUUGCUUCUUAAUUGUAUAAAUCUCUUAAUCUUGAUUUUUGCUCUGCCGAGUACAUUACAAAAGGGCGGAGAUAUCGGUCUAUUAAUCAACCAAGCAGUACGUUUGAUAAAUCCGGUGAAGUUGUUUUCACUAACUGGCACAACGAAAUGUCCUAAAUCUCUGAUCAAGGCAGAAUGUUCGGCUUUAUUGGGAUAAUAAUGAUUCUAGUUCAAGGCUGCUUUAUACGUAGCUUCAAACUUGGUGGAGAAGACAAAGCCAUUACAUGGGUAAGUUCUGUUCGCAUUAUUUUAAAACUGAAUUUCUCAGCAACUGCAUUAAUGACUUUCGUAAGUGGAAUAAAUGCAGUUAACCUGUAUUAAUUUUGUAGCUGUGAAAUGUUAAUUUUUUCUGACUCGGACAGUUUCAAUGAAUAAUAACUUCGCCCGUCGCUCACCUGGAAUAUAACAUUAACUGUUCCCACAGAUUUUGGCAAGAAUUAAAAGCUUCGAAAAAUAAUCGACCGGUAUAUGCCUCUUAAAUGAAAUAUUGGCAUUACGAGACUCUAGUAAUAACAUCAAAGUCACAGAUAACCUAUAAAAAUGAUAGCACUUACUAUAUAUCCAUUCGUAGUACAUUUAGAAUUACAGCAAAUCAAACAAAAUAAAAUAAAUCCAAGUAACAUUAAAGCCGUGCAGCAAGCUGCAGUGAUGUGUAUUCAUUCACCUGUCUUAUUUAAGCAAUUGCACCCCUAAUAUUCCCGUCAGAAGUUAUUUCGCCUCAAUACGUAUUUAAACACUUCAGAAAAGUGCGAACUCUUCAUCGUCCACGAACAUCACUUAACAUUUAAGAAUACAGAACCAGCGUUAUUAAUUUCGCCUGAUAAGUUUACCAUUACUGAAUUCUUUCCGUCCCAAUUUGUUCCUUUCAUUGCUUAAGUUAUCACGCUUUUGAAAUACAAUGGCGGAAUAAUAUACCAUCAUAUUAGAUUUGACCUUUUGAUUUCAAGUUUUGUGUACAACUCAGUCAGUUGCUUUGGUAAACUAUCGUUUGACCAUUUGUCUCUUCUAAAAAUAAUCGCCACUCAAUAUGUCUAUUUGAACUCAGUGUGACACCCGACCGUAGCUGCUACCUUGACGCGCUGGUCGGGCUUGCCUAUCGUGAUGACCCAACCGAGCUAUAUUGGCUGGAACAUAUGUUCCUGUAGGUUCUACCAUGCCAGGCAGGUCGACUACAGAACGGUAAGACUAAAAGCAGCAACUCAAGGUCUGAGGGCGAAGUCGUACUGCCCUCACUCUACCUGAGGUGUUUGUAUAUAGUACCUUUAAGAUGUUAAGAAACGUUUCCGGUACACCCUCCUCCAAUGGACAAUCCCAGAGAACAGUCCUGUCCAACGAAUCGAAGGCGGCCCUAAUGUCAAGUAACACUAAGAUUGUAGACAUGUGAUAAGUAUGAUGGUGUUCUAACAUUUGGCGGAGUGUGAAGAUAUGAUCAAUAAAUCCUCGAUUAGAACGAAAACCAGCCUGCUCCUCGCGAGUCAAUCUUUCUCGGGUUUUGAACAGCUUACGAAGUAUGACAGAAGCCAAUAGUUUGGACGCAAUCGGAAGUAGACUAAUCCUCUGAUAGUUGUUACAGAAACGACGUGAACCCUUUUUAAAGAUAGAGACAACUGUCGAUUCAUUCCAUGAUGUUGGGACACUGACUAAUUACCAAACGUUUGUAAACAACGAUGUCAGUUCGUUAACCAGAAAGUCACCACCAUCUUUAAAAAGAGCCGAAGGUAAGUCAUCUGGGCCAGGUGAUUUGUAACGCUUCAGGAGUUGGAGUUCCUUGCGGACUUCCGCCUCAUUUGGUGGAUCAGUCGUCACCGGCCAUGGAGGGCAGGACAGUCUGAUCGAUGUUGCCGCAGCAACAGACUAGUUGAACUGCUCCUCGAAAAACUGCCCAUCGUCCAAGACGUCUAUGGAUGUUAGUGAUUGGCAUCCCGUCAUCCUCACAGAUUGUUUAGCUCACACCAGACUUCUUGCUGCUAGUGGCUCGGAUGAGUUUGAAAAGCAUCCGACCACCAGGCUUCUCGUUCCUUACGCAAGUUUUGCCCAAUUUCAUUACGUAACAGCCCUCGUUUGUGGUCAAACAUUUGAUUAAAGUGUGUCCUAAAAUGGUACGUUUACUUUCUGGACGCUCAUUACUCAAGUAGAUAGCCUAGCUAACCGGAAUCGACUGAAUCCAUAAUGUUUGCAGGGCUGCACACUUUUCUUAGCAUGAUUUAAUUCCACCGUAUAUUUCCUAUCAGUCAUUUUGAUCUAACUUUUUGGGGAUUGAUCUUUCUGAAAGCUCAUUUAUCUAUUUGAAGUACUCAGAUAGUGUAGCAUUGUAUGGGAAAACACAUCAUCCGUAAAAUACAAGUGUUUCAAACAGAUCCUCCCUGUCUAAACACAAAAGAUUACACCAUUAAUGACCUCCAAAAUACGGAGUGAAUUAGUUGGGCAAGCUGACCACUUCACCUAAACUGGAAAUCUUGCCGACUGUGGUGGGUAGGUGCCUGAUGAGAUGUCACCACGAAUCCAGAAAAGUCGGUUGAAUUUCCAAAACUUCCAUUACUUAUGUUGAAGGUAAACUGUCCGUCUAUCGACAAAGGGGAGAGUAUAUUACAUAUGAGUACUCUCUGCAUUAAUCUAUGGCUGCAAAGCAGCUCUUAAAAGUAGAAGACCUUCAUGAGUAGUAACCACUUGACUGUAAGUAUCGUCGAACAAUUGCUGACUUAUGGCGGAACAACAGAAUAAGCAAUGAUGUAAUCUUAGGUGCUGGGUACUGGUAAACAAAAAAGAAAAACUGACUGAUACAUACUUAAACAAAUAUUGACUGAAGAUCAAACCAACAACAGAGUAACAGUUUGAAAUCAUGAUUCUCUUAUUGACACCGUGAUACCAAAUAAUUAACGAAAUCUCAGCACGGAUACAGAAGGCUUGAUUAGAUCUUGCCAACUUGCGUCAUUUAUGGUGUAGGCAAAAUAUCCGUCUAUCAACCAAAGGAAAGGCGUACUACUCAGCAGUUCGUUCCGUCCUACUUUAUGGCUGUGAAACGUGACCGGUAAGAGUAGAGGAUAUUCGUAUGUUACUAGUAUUCGAUCAUAGGUGUCUUUGAAACAUUGUUCGUAUGUCCUUGGACCACUGAGUAAGUAAUACAAUUGUUAGGAAACGGGUACUAGGUAAGGAUGGCGAAUCAAUUGAUGACGUAGUGAAACUUCAUCAGCUGAGAUGGCUGGGACACGUUACGUAUGCCCAACGACCGACUGCCUCGACGUGCUAUGUUCAGUGGUAUAGGAGUAGGUUAGAAGAAAUCUAGGGACGGCCAGACCUAAACAUGGCACAAGUUCAUGAUGUCACUGACAAGUGUACUGAGUCAUGUUGGUAGGCGUAGACUACCUGGUGGUGAUCCUCGGGAUGAUAGCAACCAAUGGUUAGAGACCUUGAAUGAUAUGGCUCAAAAUCGUUUGCAUUGGUGCAGGUGCAUCCACUCUUUGUGUUCUCCCGAAUUCUAAUCUUCUGAAUUCUCCAUGUCCUUUUUUUUCUUUUUCCACACACACUUGGGCAAUUUUGAAGACGAGUCUGAUCUAAGUAUGUUGGGAAAGUAAACACUGAUGAUAAGUAAGAACAAAAUCAUUAAUGCUCAGUUAAUGAAAUAAGAAUAUUAACCUAAAUGACAGUCUGAAUAAAAAGACUUGGUGAUGUAAUUGAUUGGGAGAACGAGUUGAACAAAUUUUGACGAUGUAGUGAAAGGAUAUUUGACACCGAAGCAAAGAAGCAUUAACAGCAAUCUGUUUUCGAACACAUAAAUCAGAUUUCGGACGCCUGAUAGCAACGGCUUCAGGAGAAUGGAGCUUGGCUGCUGAUUAAUCCCCAAGAAACACUACAAGACAUCAACCUGAUAUCCUGUAUGCAAGAGAUGUUUAGUAGUUGUACUUGUUCGUAGGCUUUCUGGAACAUGUCUGAUAAACCUAAGAUAUGCCCUCCGUUGUUGAAAUAUCACGUCUGUCGUUAUCAAGAAAGUGGAAUAUGUCAUUCUUUUCAUAUUCCAUGGUUAAUUGUAUAUUGAAAUGAGCAUUAAUGAAGAAUUCCAACAGGUGGAUUGCAUACUGUCUACUGUUGCAGACAAUCAACGUGUCAUCAGCAUAUCUGUAGUAGUCCGUCAUUUCGUUAAUUCCUUGUCUAAGCUCCGUGUUUUCAAAAUAAAUCAUGAGAAUAUCUGGACCUAUCGGACUUACCACUGCUACACCAUCAAUUUUACGGCGUAUCGUUAUUGAGCCGGAAUUAAACGUCUUUUGUGCAUAUAUGGAUGGAUAUCCCAAAUUCAACAACGCAGUUCGAACGUCGGGUAUUCGCUGUUCGUCCUGUUACUUCUAAAUAACCGUACAAGGAAAGGUCAGGGUAAAAGAAUUACUUGACAAUGGCCACAAACACUUGGUCAUAUAAAAGCAUUUUUGGAGGGACAGCUGAUUGUCCCUACUCUUGGCUGUAUCAGGGCAUUUGGAGGCGCGGAGCACGAUAGAAUAGUCCACACGUUUAACUGCAUAUGAAUUCAUUUUAUUCAAUGUAGUGAUAUAACUUUACUUUUUCAGUCGAAUGGUUACAUCUAAAAAGUAUUUCUUUAACAAUAUUUAUACACGGCAGUUUCUCUCUAUUUUCUUUCUUAACAGAGUUCUUGCUGUUUGAUUUUGGCAUCUGCCAUUUUCAGUUUCGCCACAAAUAUUUUCGUUUUCUAUAUCGGACUAGCUUUAUAUGCAUUUGCAUCCUCCAUCUUCUUUCCGAGUGUAAACGGUUUGGUUUCUUUGUACACUACUGCAGAACAACAAGUAUGUUUAGAAAUAUAUUUAGGUGUGAGUGAAAAAUUGCAUGUACCCUAACCACUUCCUUGUUAUAUGACGGAGACUUCCUAAAAACACAGAAAUCGGAAGUGCAGUUCAAAUACUUGUAUGAUAUUCUUGAUUAAAACGAAUAAGCUGUUAACAUUUUCAAUUCCGUCUUCAAGAUAAUUGGAACUUUGCAACCAACUCCUAUUAAACACACACAAAAACCAGGUUUUAGCUUUCUGUUAUUUCGCGCAGUACUCGAGACUAACACAGAAAAUUCCUGUAUGUAUCAGAAGUCUUCACUCACUCUAACUGACAUACCUGAACUAUUUUUUUACACUGUACAACGUAUCUUUUCCUUACAAAUAUUUUACGAUAUAACAUAGAUGAGUUUUCUCACAAUACAUAUUUGGUAACCACAAUUUUCCGGGAACAUCUUUAGCUUUCGCAAACAGGACCUCUGUUAAUAAAUUGCAUUAAUCAUCUGUUAGCUUUAGAAAUGUGACGAACAUAAUGUAUCGCAGAAUAGAGCUUUUUUGUAACACAAUGAUCAGUGUUUGCUGUAGUCUGAGAAUACUCCUAUAAAAGUGCUUCUGUCUUCAGUCUAAGAAGCAUCCUAUCUUGUUGCAACAUAAUCAAUAGAAUUUCUGUUUAAAAUGCGUUACAUGAUACUUCUUACUUGGUAUCUAGACAACAGGAUGUAGCGAUUUUGAGAUCAGUUUACAUAGUUCUAUCCAACAUUUUAGAUGCAUUUGCAAUUUUCUCUACUUAUCACCGUUAAAAUUGUUCUAAAUAAUGGGUUUUGACACUACGUUCCUGCCACUGAUAACAACCCACAGAGUAUUUUGUUUGUUUAAGUAAUAUUUAGUCAGGGCCAGUAUCGAUGUAAAACCUCCAAUUUUAUCUGAAUUUUAGGGGCAAACGUUGGGUAUAUUCCGUUCACUGAAUGCAUUGGCUCGUGUCAUGGGUGCGGUGAUUGUUACUACAGUUUUUUGGAUUUAUGGACCUAACAUAACCUAUAUGUUAUGUACUGUCUUCUUAACUUUACUGCUUACUUACAGGAAAAUUACUUUAGUAGUAACUAAAUGUCAGUCCAAACAAACGUACAAGGAGGAGUAAAUCAGCAACAGACCAUCAGGGUAUCCUUUCUCACAAACUGCUGUACAGCUACUGCUAAACAGGUUUCUUUGUUAUUAAUUGACUCAGAAUACCAUGUACCAUCACCGACAAUCUCCCAAGUAGUUUGAUAAAUGCCAUUGCUGUUAAAAUUAACCAAAUUCUUUUAAAAUUAAAGCAGUGACGUAAAAUAAAUAUUGUUUUUGGUACAUAAUCUCAAUUCUUCCACUUACGCCUGUUACCCCUCAUGGAGAAGCAUAGGCCGCCCACCGGAACUCUCCAUCCAGCUCUGUCCUGGGCAGUCCUUUUCAUAUCUGCUCCCGAUUGCCGACACAAUGUGUUCCGUGGUCAUCCUCUUUUCCGUUUCCCUUCAGGGUUCCAAGUUAUCGCUCGCCUUGUGAUACAGUUUGAUGAUUUCCACUAUGUAUUGUCCUAUCCUCUUGAGGCGUCUUUUCCUAAUUUCCUCUUCAGCUGGAAGCUGGUUCGUUCUCUCCCAUAGUAGGCUGUUGCUGAUAGUAUCCCGUCAACUGAUCUGGAGUAUCUUGCGUAGACAAUUGUUUGCAAAUACCUGUACUGUUUUGAUGAUGGUUGUGGUAGUUCUCCGCGUUUCAGCUUCGUACAGUACGACCGUCUUCACAUUCGAAUUGAAGAUUCUGGAAUUUUGAUGGAUUCAGAUUUUCCUAGUGAUACAUUCUUCUUUAACGAGAUUUUUAAUAAAUUUGAAGAACAUAUUUCAGGAGAAUCAAUUCUUAAUUAUGUCAUAGCAAAUGUCGUUUUUUCUCAUAAUAUAUUUGUUUCUGGUCGAAAACUUAGUCAAUGUGAAACAAAUUCGAAAUGAACUCACACGUAAUCAUAGUUCGGAUGAUCUCGUACCAAAUGCUGUGGUUACUUUUAGUGGAUUCUCUAGUUAAUGUGAGAAAUAUGCUUGAAAUAAAGCCACAUUAUUUGUAACUUGAGAAUAUGAAGAUCCAACUUUAUUUCGCGGGGGAGAAUGAUGUUAGGAUUCAAAGUUACCUAUAUUUUUUAGAUCAGGGUUUAAGCUCCAGAUUUAAAAAAGGGUGUUAUAUGUUAACGAAAAAUAAAUAAAUGGUAACUGUUUGGAUUUAUUUAUGGACUAUUAUCACAUAUAUUCUUAUUGUGUAAUCACUAAGUAACCAUUUGUAUUCUUACAUUUGACCUAUUGACCAUUAUCACACGAUUUACUAUUCUUAAGUUAUUCUCAAUUUAUUAGUUACAGUCUCACACACUCAACCACUUUUGUCUUGAUCUUGUAUAAUUGUUGUUUUCUAUUUUAUGGCAUGAUGCUGUCUGAUUUGUUUGCAUAUUAACCGGGAAUGUCUGAAAUAAAUUAAUCAGACAGUGUUGUAUGCUGGAAUCGUUUUCUGCACUGAAACGGAGAAGGCUAGAUGAGAACUGUCUUGACGUUCGUGUUGAGGAUUCUGGCUUUGGUGUUGGCUGACAGUUGUCUUGAGUUCCAUAUGUUCUUUAAUUGAAGGAAUGUGGCCCUUGCUUCGCCAAUCCUCGCCUUUACGUCUUCACCAGAUCCCCGAUAUCAGUUGAUGGAGCUACCCAGAUACAUGAAGGCUCCCACCUCUUCCAGAGCUUCUCCAUCAAAUGUGAUUGAGUGGGUGUACUCCGUGUUGCAUUUUAGGAUCUUGCUUCUUCUUUUGUGUAUGUUGAGGCCUAAUGCUGCAGAUGCAGCUGCUACACUGGUUGUCUUCAUCUGCAUUUGCUCGUGUGUAUGGGAUAGAAGAGCCAGGUCAUCUGCGAAGUCUCAAUCAUCUAGUUGCAUGCGAGCUGUCCAUUGUAUUCCGUGCUUCCACUGAGAUGUGGAGGCCUUCAUAAUCUUGUCAACCACCAGAAGAAAGAGGAAUGGAGGGAGUACACAGCCUUGUCUCACUCCAGUCCUUACUUGGAAUGAAUCUGUCGGCUGUCCUGUUCACUGGGGUCGACUUAUUCAAGAGUUUCCCAGUGUUUACCCAUCUGUCCCUCUGUUCUUGAGCUUCAGUGAUUGGCUUGUCCUUUUUGUCCUUGACUGAUCUCUCUGGUUUACAAUAUCUCCCUGUCUGUUUCUUUGUUGUGUCAUUUAGUUGUAUUACAUUUAUCUCUAUUGCAGCUUUUUCCGCUGUCUGUGCUAGCUUUCCCAUGUAUUUCUGCUUAUCAGCUUUAAUGCUGUUCAUCCCUUGCUUGUUUGCUGGCUCUUUGUUCUUCUCUUGAAUCUUGGCGAGGGUCUCGAUGGAGAUCCAUUCAUUACGGUGAUGCUUGUUGCCGCCCAGCACCUUACGACACGGAACUAUUGUUUCUUUGAUUCCUUCCCAGUUGUUCUCUAUAGUAGUUUCUUUCAGUAGAUCCUGUAAGGCUUGGAACCUGUUGUUGAGAGUUAUCUUGAAUUCAUUGAGUUUGUCAUUAUGUCGAAGGAAGGCAUUAUUGAGCUUUUGUGACGGUGCUUCUCCAGUUGCCCAGUGCUUCUUUAUCUUCGGUUUCUUAUUGUCUUGUCUUUCUCUGUUCUUGUUCUAAUUGCUAUCUUGUUCUUCCUUUCUUGAGUCUAGACCAUCAAUAUAUUCACAUCCCUUCCUGAGCACUUCGCUAUGAUCGAUCGCAACCUUUCGUAAUCAGGUUAGUGUUUCUUAGCAGUGUUGUUUUCUAAGGUAUGGGGUUGCUAAACUUCAAACAAUCCUCAUUUGUGUGGGCUUAGUACUGGCAGUAACACAGUAGUGAAGGUGAACACAGGUGAGGAUAAACGAAUCUUAUUUUUAGCACAACAUUACAGAGUUUCUUGGUAAAAUAGAAAAACCAUACUAUAAUACCUAGUUUGCAAAAUGUCCAAUAAUUGUCUCGGACCUCAUUGUUCUUGCAUUUCCAUACUAAUUGCUUUCUAUUCCCGUUCUUCCUUUCUUGAUCUUCCCAAUCUUCUGCUGCCAUAUAUUACAUUCCUGACUCGCGUUAUAUGCUACUUAUAUUGAUAUAAGU